UGGCCCAACAUGCACAAAAGCUAGCUUGGGGUCAAUCACCAUCACUAUGAUCCUUAUUCUAAAUUAAACUUCACCAUAAAGCAAUCCAACACACAAACAACAUCAUAUCCCUCAAAAUUUCUACCAGUCUGCAGUGCCUAAAAGCAAAUUAAAGCAAACAGAAAAGCUAAAAAGUUACCCAAAUCUUCUUAAAGAAACCAGAAUGGCCUCACCAUAAAAGUAGAAAUCCCCUGUAACAUAUUCAACUCACCAUGUGAAUAAAGUUUGACGUAAGUCGUGAUUUUCACUAAUAUCUAAUAUAUAUAUACUCUUAUAUAAAAUAUUUUUAUGCUUUAGAAUCGGAAUGAACCCCUUACCCCCGUAGCUCCGCAACAGGUCCCACCCCAUAAAUCAUGCAGUCUAACUUAGCUCUGUUAAUGAAGUAUCACCAUUUUCUUAGCAUACCAAGCAAAGUAUCUAUCAACUUUUUCUUUUUUCUGAAGUAAAAAAAUAUAUUUUUGUUAUCAUUCAAAACACUACUCUGUUUUUCUCCCUUUGAGACCCAUUAUACUUCCUCCCAUUUCUUCUUCCUUCUCAGCCAUGGCUAAUAUACUCACAGCUUUUUUCUUAAUUAGUACAUGUCAAACUCUAACAGUACUCCGUGGAGUUAACAGCCAUGGCGAUGCACAUAAAUGCAGAUCAUAUUGUGGAAACUUAACAGUAGAUUACCCUUUCGCAGUUCAAUCUGGCUGCGGCCAUUCCGGUUACAGAGAUCUCCUAUUUUGCAUCAACGAUGUUCUAAUGCUUCACAUUAGCUCUGGAUCCUAUCGCGUAUUGGACAUUGAUUACGCUUACGAAUCCCUAACCUUAGACGAUCCUCACAUGUCAACUUGCUCGUCGAUAGUAUUCGGUCAUCGCGGCAACGGCUUCGUCGUUGAGCGGUGGCGGGAGCCGUAUUUGAACCCUACGGCGGAUAAUGUGUUCAUGCUGCUAGGUUGUACGGCGGAAUCGCCGCUGUUCCAAGGGUUUCCGGGGAAGCAUUUGCCGUGCCGGAAUGUUUCCGGGAUGGGCUGUGAGGAGUAUUAUGGAUGUCCGGGCUGGGAUAUUAUUGGGCCGAAAAAAGUGGGGGUAGUGUAUGGAUCAGGUCCACCUGAUUGUUGUGCAGUUUCGUUUGAAGCUAUUAAGGCUAUUAAUUUGACUAAACUUAGCUGUCAAGGGUAUAGUAGUGCUUAUAGUUUAGCUCCAUUGAGAGUGGAUGGACCUCAUGGAUGGUCUUAUGGCAUAAGAGUCAAGUAUUCAGUUGAAGGAGAUGACUCAUUUUGUAAAGCUUGUGAGGCAACAGGAGGAUCUUGUGGCUAUGAUGUUAAUGAUUUUAGCAGUUUGUGUAUGUGCGGAUCAUGGAAUUCUACUUCCAAUUGUGAUUCAGUCCAUUCAGCUUCGCACAGAAGAACUUGGUCGUUAAUGGAUGCACUAACAGGACUCGUUGGAUGUAUUUCCAUCUGGAAGCUCUCCGCCACACUUGGACUAUAGGGAAAAAGUCGUUUUCUAGUGUUUGAUUGAUCCAGAGAAGAAGACGAAGAGACUUAGUUCAAAUGUGUGUACCAGAAGAACAUAUAAGUGCAACUUAUAUCAAUGUUGCAUCAUCUAAAGUUUUGUUUGAAGAAUGAAGAAAUUGAUUGUAUUUUAGUAAUUGUUAUGUAUGUACACGUAUAGAGACUACUUGAUUCUUCAAGUUACUGUAUGAUUUAAGAUUUUGCAACUAAAUAUAAACCUGCUUAUAUUCUUAUUAACUUAA